AUGCAUGUUCCCGAGGCCCAGCGGCCCUUCCUGGACACUGUCCAAGAGGCACUUCGCCGUUAUGAUGCGCAGCUGAAAGAUAUCAACCAGAAGAUUUGGUCGAAUCCUGAACUUGCCUAUAAAGAAUACCAGGCUCACGACCACAUCUGCGAGCUGUUCAACGGCCUCCAAUCGAGUGGAUAUCAAGUUCGCCCCAAGGCAUAUGGCUUGGACACGGCUCUUGAGGUUGAGUUCACCCACGGAAGUGGUGGUCGUGUUGUUGUGUUCAAUGCAGAGUACGAUGCCCUGCCUGGCAUUGGCCAUGCUUGUGGCCACAAUUUGAUCGCGACCAGCUCUAUCGCUGCAUUCAUUGCUACUUGCGAGGCAAUGAAGGCACAGGCACAGUCUUCUAGCAUCCCAGGAUUCGCUGUCCGCUUGCUGGGUACUCCUGCAGAGGAAUCUGGCGGUGGUAAGGUGAAGCUGAUCGAAGCGGGCGCCUACGAAAACGUAGAUGCCUGUCUGAUGGUGCAUCCCGUGCCAAUGUCACCCAAUCGCCCGGAUGUGCAUGGUGUUGCGACCUCUGUCGAAGGAGGAUAUUUGGCCAAUAACAAGGUCAAGGUAACUUUCACUGGAAAGCCAUCCCACGCAGCAGCGGCACCCUGGGAGGGUAUCAAUGCCCUUGAUGCAGUGGUCUCAGCAUAUGUGAAUAUCUCACUGCUUCGACAGCAGAUUUUGCCCUCUCAGAAGAUCCACGGCGUCAUUGUAAAUGGAGGUGCUCGCCCGAAUAUUAUUCCUAUGUCCGCCUCGGUGGAUUACUAUAUCCGUUCUCCAACGAAGAAGACUCUGAAGCCUUUGACGGAGAAGGUUGUCAAUUGUUUUGAGGCUGCUGCCACGGCGACUGGGUGCAAAGUGGAAUACGAAUGGGGUGUUAGUUAUGAUGACCUGAAGAGCAAUAUACCUAUUUGCGAAAGUUACGUCUCAGCAAUGCGGGCAAUGGGUCACCACACUCUGUUCGAUAACUCCGAACAAAAAGGCGCGCUCGCUGGGGCUUCAACUGAUAUGGGCAACGUAUCAUACGUCAUACCGGGCUUCCACGGCGUGUUUUGUAUCCCAGCGAAAGGUGUCAACCAUACCCCAGAAUUCACAAGUGGGGCUGGUUCACCCGAGGGAUUCGAGAGGGCUAUCGCCUGUGCUGCCGGAAUGGCCGUUGUCGGAUGCCAAAUGCUGGUCGAUGACGAAUUUGCCGAGGCAGUGAAGAAGGACUUCCAGCGCGAGUGA